GUAUCAUACGAGCAGCUUCGCAUCCACAUCAAGUUGGUAGAAUUAUAAGUGAUCUGAUGACAUCAUCUCUUGUCUUAGCUUUAAUCCACGGAUAAUGCAGUCAGAAAUACACACCGAGACACUCAAAGCACAAUCUGUGACUAAACAUCAGGACUUACAUGUCUGCUUAGACAAAGGCACGGAGGAUAAACAAGUUUCUCGUAUCGUUCGGACGAAUUCUAGCAUCUAUUGUUUAUUAAAAUUUAUUACUCUCGUUGAUAUCAUAUUUGUCUACGGAGUGGACGGUAUGUAAUUGGCAUAACUUGAGAAACUAACUAGACAUUAAUAUAGCAAAUUGAAAGGAGUUGGGUUCAUUAAAAUUCGACUGGAGAUUGACAAUGCUUAUGCCGUUAGUAAAACUCGAAUUCCAGGAGUCUAGUUCGCAUUAUAUAAAGACCACUAGAGAUUUUUUAUUCUCUGCAUUCUCAGAGCUGCGUGUUUCUCGCAAGCCACCGCUUCAGGACAAAAUGAUACUACAAUAUCAACGAUAGUCGACCUCGAUUAUGCUACGUACCAAGGUGAACAACUUACCAAUGGUAUCAAUCAAUAUCUGGGUAUGCGAUAUGCAGCACCACCCUUAGGAAAUUACAGAUGGAGAGCACCUGCCGAUCCUUCAACUGAAACAGCCAUUCAGCCCGCUACUACAGCACCACCAGCAUGUGUCGGAUCAAACCAAAACAUUUCUAGUACUCUUUCCGAAGAUUGCCUUUACGUCAAUGUUUUUACUCCGUCAAAUGCCACUACCGACUCAAAGCUUCCGGUUUGGUUCUACAUUCAAGGAGGAGGAUUCUCCCAGAAUGGUCUCCCCAAUAUCAAUGGUACGGAUGUACUAUUGAAAUCGGAGCUUAGCAUUAUCCUUGUGCAAAUCAAUUAUCGAGUAGGUUUGUGGGGAUUCUUGGCAAGUGAGAAAAUCAAGUUGAAUGGGAACUUGAAUGCCGGUUUGCUAGACCAGCGAAAAGCCUUGCUCUGGGUACAAAAGUAUAUUAUUCAGUUUGGUGGUGAUCCCGACCACGUUGUUAUUCAUGGAGACUCUGCCGGAUCUGCCUCAGUUGCAUUGCAGCUUGCAGCGCAUGGAGGUCGUGACGAUGGCUUAUUCAUCGGAGCAAUUUCACAAUCCCCAUAUUUUAUUGGCAUGAAAGCUAUCAAUGAUACAGAAUCCCAAUUUACCAAUGUCUCAACGGCGCUCAAUUGCUCUUCUUCUGCAGACCAACUUUCGUGCAUUAGAAGCAAAGAUACAGCAGCCAUUCAAGCCCUCAAUUUAUCUCCUACGGUCAUCAUUUCUUCUGGUGCCGCAUUAGUACCAAACUGGGCACCAUGUAUAGAUGGGGAAUUUAUCAGAAAUUACCCAAAUAUCCUUUAUCAAGAAGGAAGUUUUGUUAAAGUUCCGAUAAUCACAAGCGAUGACACGAAUGAGGGAACUGGAUUCGUUACCAAUGCCUCAACAAAAGCUCAAGUCUCAGAAUUCAUGUCCCUGCAAUUUUCCUACUUGUCUGACACUCAGUUACAAGCAAUAGAAUCCCUCUAUCCAUUGAUGGCCCCUCUUCCACUGCAUGCGGCAUACUUCCCCUCGCUCGCUCAAGCCUAUGGAGAGGCCGUCUUCAUCUGUCCCGGCCUGGAAAUAGCAAGCUCCCAAUCCUCGUUCAAUGACUACUCCCAGGUAUGGAACUAUCGAUACAACGUCGAAGAUCAGAUAUACGUUGCUGGAGGCUAUGGCGUUCCUCACGUUUCUGAGAACACGGCCGUAUUCGGAGUUGGACCUACUGGCUCAGGUAUUGGAGUCAAUGGUUCUUAUUCUACAUAUAAUGCACCCAUUGUUCCAAUAAUUCAAACAUAUUUUAUUAACUUCAUCAAAUAUUUGGAUCCAAAUGGAGUGGAACAGAACUCGACGCUUACCAACUGGGAUAAUUUUGAAAGUGGACAUGAACAAGGACAGAAGAGGUUACUCUUUAAAUUGAACAAUAUCACCAUGGAAAGUAUACCGGAAGAGCAACUUGAAAGAUGCUCCUUUUGGGCUGGAGCAACCUUGCAGACUCAGAUUUAAUAUCUCUUGUAUAUAUUUCAGGCCCAGAUAUUAUUGUAAUGACUUUAUAAUUAUUAUUGGUGAUGACCGAUUUAAAUUUGGUUGGGGGGAGGGGGAGGAAGGGGACUUGAGCA